AUGUCUCCUUCUGCUACCGUUCUUCUCAAAGAGGAUAGCACCAAUGUCACCACUGGGGCCAUUGGGCGAGCUAAAGAUGGCCGAAAACUCAGAAUUCGUACAGAGCCUCAGUUUGAUACGCUUCUCGAGGAAAGGGUUUACCGAAAGCAGCAUCUUGCUGCUGCUUUUCGCAUAUUUGCCGAUAAAGGGUUCGAUGAAGGGGUUGCAGGACAUAUUUCCGUCCGUGAUCCGAUCUUGACUGAUCAUUUUUGGCUGAACCCAUUAUCAACGCAUUUUUCGCUGAUCAAAGUCUCUGACUUGAUUCUCGUCAAUGAAGAUGGCGAGGUUGUUAUUGGCGAUGAGCCGAUUAAUGGGGCCGCUUUUGCAAUACACUCAGAGAUACACAAAGCUCGACCGGAGGUGAACGCGGCUUGUCAUGCUCAUUCGGUUCAUGGGAAAGCCUUUAGCGCUUUCGGUCGAGAGCUCGAUAUGAUAACUCAAGACGCACUCCGUUUCUACAAGAGCCACUCGGUCUAUACUGAAUUUGGCGGCGUCGUGCUUGAUCGAGAGGAGGGGAAGAGAAUCUCUAGGGCCCUUGGUAACGGGAAGGCUGCAAUUCUACAAAACCAUGGCCUGCUUACAGUUGGGAAAACAGUUGACGAGGCAGCGUUCUGGUUUAUUAGCCUGGACAAAACAUGCCACGCUCAGCUCCUCGUCGAUGCGGCUGAGCGAGGUAGUGGACACAAGAAAAAAAUCAUCAAUGACGAGGAGGCUGAGUUUACAGCAAAACAGGUCGGGGGACCAGAGAAAGGUUGGCUUGCGUUUCAAUCUUAUUAUGAUGAAAUUGUUGCGAAGACGAAUGGUGCUUUUCUCUUGUGA